AUGAAGCUGAUGCGCACAGCGACAUCGCUGGCUCUGGUCCUGCUCCUGGCCACCAGCUAUGCCCAAGCUGAGGGCGAAAAGAGUGCGGCUGCCGAACAGAAGGCCGAGCCUGAGGCAAAGGCUGAAGAAGCCGCUGCUAGUGUCGAUACAGCGAAGCCGAAACGCGGUCUUCAUCAUUAUGAGGAAAAUUAUCAUCAUCAUGUGCCACAUUUUCCCGUCCAUGAGGAAAAGACACUGACUGUCAUCAAGAAGGUGCCUGUUCCAGUGCCCAUCGAAAAAAUUGUUCAUGUGCCUGUCGAAAAGCACAUCCAUGUGCCUGUCAAGGUCAAAGUGCCAAAACCUUAUCCAGUCAUCAAGCACAUUCCUUAUGAAGUAAAGGAAAUUGUCAAGGUUCCUGUCGAGAUUCCUCAGCCUUAUCCUGUGGAGAAGAAAGUCCAUUAUCAUGUUCAUGUGCCGUAUGAUCGUCCAGUCCCAGUGAAGGUCCAUGUCCCUGCUCCUUAUCCUGUGGAGAAGAAGGUCCAUGUCCCCGUAAAGGUCCAUGUCCCUGCUCCAUAUCCAGUGGAAAAGGUUGUGCACUACAAAGUGGAAAAACACGUGCAUGUCGACAAGCCGUAUCAUGUAGAAAAGAUUGUCCAUUAUCCAGUCAAAGUUCCAGUUGAAAAGCCCGUGCCCCACUAUGUAGACAAACCAGUGCCACAUUAUGUAGACAAGCCUGUGCCCGUGCCUGUGAUCAAGAAGGUUCCUGUGCCCGUCCAUGUGAACUACGAUGUUCCAAGGGCCGUACAUGUUGAUAAGCCUGUGCCUUAUGAGGUCAAGGUCCAUGUGCCAGCUCCUUAUCCCGUUGUCAAGGAAAUCCCCGUGAAAGUUGAGAAACACGUUCCGUACCCCGUGAAGAUUCCUGUGGAGAAACCCGUCCAUGUUCAUAUCGAGAAGCAUGUCCCUGAAUAUCACGAGAAACACGUCCCAUACAAGCAACCCGAAUUCAUUCAUAAGCACAUCGAAGAGGAGCAUCAUCAUGAACCCAUUCAUCAUCAUGAACCCAUCCAUCAUCAUUCGCACAUCGAGGAGGAGCAUGAACAUGAGGUGGAGCAUGAUUUUAGCCAUCAUGAUCUUCAUUCAUAUUAUGGUUACUAA